UGAGAAGGAAACUGCAAGAGUGGGGCAGAGAACCAGAGCGUCAGGGCAAAACCUCCUCCAUCUGCACAUCCUGGGGAGGAACCGGGCAGCCAGAGAGCUGCGGCCGCCCCAGUCCCGCUCCGCCUUUGAAGUGGUAAAACCGAAGGCGGGGCCUUGGUUCUGGCAGAAGGGACGCUAUGACCACAGAAUUCCUCUCCCUGCUUUGCCUCGACACCAGAACCAUCGUUGUUGCCAUCUUCAGCUGCAUCUCCAUCCUUCUUCUCUUCCUCUCAGUCUUCAUCAUCUACAGAUGCAGCCAGCACGGUUCGUCGCCUGAAGAAUCCACCAAAAGAAUCAGCCAUUGCAAACUUUCGGAGCAGGAGGCUGCUGAGGCAGAUUUAUCCAGGAUGGAAAGGGUAUCUGUCUCGACGGCAGACCCCCAAGGAGUGACGUAUGCUGAGCUAAACAUCAAUGCCCUAUCUGAGGCAGCUUCUGACACCACCCAGGAGCCCCCAGGAUCUCAUGAAUAUGCGGCAGUGAAAGUGUAGCAAGAAGACAGCCUGGGCCACUAAAGGAGGGGGGAUCGUGCUGGUCAAGGUUAUCAGAAACGUGGAGAUGCGGAUGACUCUGUGUCCCUUGCUCCUCAUCCGUAUCAAUAAAAUUAAGUUUCUCAUCUUAAAAAGAAA